AUGGCUUGUCCUGGUCAACUUGACCAAUAUGGUAUUUGGAAUAAUGGUUUCGAUUGUCUACCAAUUAAUGGUCGUCCACGUAUAUGUUGUCAAUCCGAAAGUAAAAAAGAAUGUUGCUUUGUUGAUCAACAAAGAUCGGAUGUGAACGAUAUUGAUAGUGAUGCAGUUCGAUCCGAUCGUAUUUUAUUAUUAUCGUCCUCCACACUAUCAUCGAUUUCACAUAAAACUGAUAGUUCAUAUAAUUUAGUGAUGAUCGGUAUUGGAAUUACCGUUUGUCUACUCGUUAUUUGUCUUGUUAUCAUUAUUUAUCUAUUAAAACGUAAAUGUACUUCGUUACAUUCGAGAGAUUCGCGACAAAAUUCUGAUGAAAGUCGAUUUUCUGGUAGCAGUAAAUGUUCAGAUAAUUAUUCCGAUUAUUGGAAUAAAACAAAUAUUCCACCGACAGAAUGGACAUUAACAAAAUUAUGCAAUGAAAAUAUUGGACCAACAUCCUACAACUUUUAUAGUGACAAUUAG